UGCACAGUAGUUCUCGCGGGCUGAGCUGACCAGGUUUGCAGCGACGGCCUCGCACUCGCUCCCGGGCGGCGACCGAGCUCACGGGCCGCAGAUGGGAGCCCAGGGCGCCGAAGAUGCGGGCGGUCAGGGCCGAGACGCCGGCGCGGGAGCUUUUCCGGGACGCCGCAUUCCCCGCCUCGGACUCCUCGCUCUUUUACAACUUGUCCACGCCUCUGGCCCAGUUUCGGGAGGACAUCACUUGGAGACGGCCCCAGGAAAUUUGUGCCACACCUCAGCUGUUUCCAGAUAACCCAUGGGAAGGACAGGUGAAGCAAGGGCUGCUGGGGGAUUGCUGGUUCCUGUGUGCCUGUGCUGCCCUGCAGAAGAGUCAACACCUCCUGGACCAGGUUUUCCCUCCAGGACAGCCAGGCUGGUCUGACCAGAAGUACCAAGGCUUCUUCAGCUGUCGAAUUUGGCAGUUUGGACAGUGGGAGGAGGUGACUGUAGAUGACCGUCUGCCUUGCCUUGCCGGGAGACUCUGCUUCUCACGGUGCCGGAGAGAGGAUGUGUUCUGGCUUCCCUUACUGGAAAAGGCCUAUGCUAAGGUGCAUGGGUCCUAUGAACAUCUGUGGGCAGGGCAGGUGGCAGAUGCCCUGGUGGAUCUCACUGGAAGCCUGGCAGAAAGGUGGAGCCUGAAGGAAAUAGUGGGAGCCAGUGGCCAGCAGGACAGACCCAGUGGUGGGGCGCGCCAGACUUGUCGGCAGCUACUCCGCCUGAAGGACCAGUGUCUGAUCAGCUGCUCUGUGCUCAGCCCCAGAACAGGUGCCAGGGAGCUGGGGGAGUUUCAUGCCUUCAUCAUCUCAGAUCUGCAGGAGCUCAGUAGUCAGAAUGGCCAGGAUAUCCUCCUCCUGCGGAUUCACAACCCCUGGGGCCGGCGUUGCUGGCAGGGACUCUGGAGAGAGGGGGGAGAAGGGUGGAGCCAGGUGGAGCCAGCAAAGGAGUCUGAGCUGCUGGCACAACUCCAGGAAGGAGAAUUCUGGGUGGAGGAAGAGGAGUUUCUCAGGGAGUUUGACGAGGUCACCAUUGGCUACCCAGUCACAGAGGCUGGCCACCUGCAGAGUCUCUACACAGAGAAGGUGCUGUGCCAUAUGCGGACACUGCCUGGUGCCUGGGUCACAGGGCAGUCAGCCGGAGGCUGCCGGAACAACAGCUGCUUCCCCUGCAACCCCAAGUUCUGGUUGCGGCUCUUGGAACCCAGUGAGGUGUGUGUGGCUGUCCUUCAGAGACCCCGGAGGCGCUUAGUGGGCCAGACCCGAGCACUGAUGGGUGCCGGCCCUACACCAGCAAACCUCCCAGGCAAGGAAUACCAGGCUGUGGGCCUGCACAUCUGGAAGGUAACUCCUGUCUGCUGGCCCCAUGGUGGAAAGGUAGAGAAACGGAAGAUCAGCCUCCCCAGAGUCCUGUCUGCACCGCCUGUGGCUGGCACUGCAUGCCAUGCGUAUGACCGUGAGGUCCACUUGCGCUGUGAGCUCUCCGCAGGCUACUACCUGGCUGUCCCUAGCACCUUCUUGAAGGAUGUGCCAGGGCAGUUCCUGCUCCGAGUCUUCUCCACUGGGAAAAUCUCCCUCAGUGCUGUCAGGCCGACCACCAAGGGUGCAUCACCUGGAACAGCUCUGCCUGCAGGCGAGUGGGAAACUGUGCAGCUGCGGGGCUGCUGGAGGGCUGGCCAGACAGCUGGGGGCAGCAGGAACUUCUCCUCUUACCCCUGCAAUCCCUGCCUCCCCUUCUCCGUUCCUGAGGGUGCUGGUCCCCGCUACAUCCGCAUCACCCUGCACCAACACUGCCGACUCAGUGACAGCCAGCUCCACCCCAUUGGUUUCCAUAUCUUUCAGGUUCCAGCAGAUGCUAAGAACCAGGAUGCAUGUUCCCUGCUGCUCCAGGAGCCACUGCUAAGCUGUGUGCCACAUUGCUAUGCCCAGGAAGUGAGCCGCCUCUGCCUCCUGUCAGCGGGAACCUACAGGGUUGUGCCCUCCACCUACCUGCCAGAUACAGAGGGUACCUUCACAGUGACCAUAGCAACCAGAAUAGACAGGCAGUCCAUUCACAGCCAGGAGAUGCUGGGCCAGCUACUCGAGGAGGUCUCCUUCACAGCAGUGAUGAAAGCCUGACUGCAAGUACCUGGGUGUUUGCUGUGGCCUGGAGCGGCUGCCACCCCUUGCACCCAGCAUCAAGGCGCAUCUCCAGCCAGUUGUGAGCUAAGCUGCUCAUCGGCUCUAAGGGCUGGCUGUGGACCUGAGGCUAAUGUAGGCUGCUUUGUCCCAAACAGAAGACAUCUUGGGGUCCAGUGGUUGCUGCAGGGCAGGCCUAGGACUCCCAAAUGGCAUCUUCAUUCCCCAGAGAAGGCCAGGAGGUUCUUGGGGCCCAGGCCUGCUAUGGAAGGUUUUGCAGAAUUCACAUACCUUUUUUGACUUCAGAAGCCUUACACCAGGCAGGCAGAUUGUGACAAAUGUUGAAAGUUAUUUAUUACUUGAAAUAUUUUAGGAUAUGACUUUAUAAAUAAAC